GCGCUGCGCGUUCCCGAGUCUCGCGCCCGCGCCGCUCGUGCCCGUGCCGCUCGCUCCUGCGCGCGCCUCCUCAGCAUCCUUAGGCCCGGCAGCAACCCCCGCAGUCACUGGUGCGGCCGCGCCCGCCACUGGGAGGGUGCAGCCACUGGAGGAGGCUCCAAGUUGGUGGAGCGGCGGGGACCCCCUCUGCGGGCCGCUCCCCGAAAGGCGGAAAGAGCGGAGGACGGCGCGCCGCCGUCCCCGAGACCCUAGCCCCUGACCCCUGCCCGCGGCCGCAGCAUGCGCGCCCAGCCGGCGUGACCGGCUCCGCCCGCAGCCGCCCUGCAGCCCAGCCCGGCGCUCUCGCGGGUCACUCGGACCGGCGCCCGGGAGCGAUGAGCCAUGAAGCCGCCCGGCAGCAUCUCCCGGCGGCCGCCCCUGACGGGUUGCAGCCUUCCCGGCGCCUCCUGCGGCCCCGGCCGCUGCCCCGCCGGCCCUGUGCCGGCCCGCGCGCCGCCCUGCCUCCUGCUCCUCGUCCUUCUCCUGCUACCUGCGCUCGCCACCUCGUCCCGGCCCCGUGCCCGGGGGGCCGCUGCGCCCAGCGCUCCGCACUGGAAUGAAACUGCAGAAAAAACCCUGGGAGUCCUGGCAGAUGAAGACAACACAUUGCAACAAAAUAGCAGCAGCAGAAAUACCAGCUACAGCAGAAAUAACAGCAGUGCAGUGCAAAAAGAAAUCACACUGCCUUCAAGACUGGUGUAUUACAUCAACCAGGACUCAGAAAGCCCCUAUCAUGUUCUUGACACAAAGGCCAGACACCAACAGAAACACAAUAAGGCUGUGCAUCUGGCCCAGGCAAGCUUCCAGAUCGAAGCUUUCGGCUCCAAGUUCAUUCUUGACCUCAUACUGAACAAUGGUUUGCUAUCUUCUGACUACGUGGAGAUCCACUAUGAAGAUGGGAAGCAGAUGUACUCUAAGGGUGGAGAACACUGUUACUACCACGGAAGCAUCAGAGGCGUCAAGGAUUCCAGGGUGGCUCUAUCGACCUGCAAUGGACUCCAUGGCAUGUUUGAGGAUGACACCUUUGUGUAUAUGAUAGAGCCACUGGAACUGACUCAUGAUGAGAAAAGCACAGGCCGACCGCACAUAAUCCAGAAAACCUUGGCAGGACAGUAUUCUAAGCAGAUGAAGAAUCUCAGCACAGAUGGCAGUGACCAGUGGCCUUUGGUACCUGAAUUACAAUGGCUAAGAAGAAGGAAAAGAGCAGUCAAUCCAUCUCGUGGUGUGUUUGAAGAAAUGAAGUAUUUGGAGCUUAUGAUUGUUAAUGAUCACAAGACGUAUAAGAAGCACCGCUCUUCUCACGCGCAUACCAACAACUUUGCAAAGUCUGUGGUCAACCUUGUAGAUUCUAUUUACAAGGAACAGCUCAACACUAGGGUUGUCCUGGUGGCUGUGGAGACCUGGACCGAGAAGGAUCACAUUGACAUCACCAUCAACCCGGUGCAGAUGCUUCAUGAGUUCUCCAAGUACCGGCAGCGAAUCAAACAGCACGCUGACGCAGUCCACCUCAUCUCGCGCGUGACGUUCCAUUAUAAGAGAAGCAGUCUGAGUUACUUUGGAGGUGUGUGUUCUCGAAUAAGAGGGGUUGGUGUGAAUGAGUAUGGUCUUCCAAUGGCGGUGGCACAAGUAUUAUCACAGAGCCUGGCUCAAAACCUUGGAAUCCAGUGGGAACCUUCGAGCAGGAAGCCAAAAUGUGAAUGCAUAGAGUCCUGGGGCGGCUGCAUCAUGGAAGAAACAGGGGUGUCCCACUCUCGAAAGUUCUCAAAGUGCAGCAUUUUGGAGUACAGAGACUUUUUACAGAGAGGUGGCGGAGCAUGUCUUUUCAAUAGGCCAACUAAGCUGUUUGAGCCCACGGAAUGUGGAAAUGGAUAUGUGGAGGCCGGGGAGGAAUGCGACUGUGGUUUCCAUGUGGAAUGCUAUGGAGUUUGCUGUAAGAAGUGUUCACUCUCCAAUGGGGCCCACUGCAGUGACGGCCCCUGCUGUAACAGCACCUCGUGUCUUUUUCAGUCCCGAGGGUAUGAAUGCCGGGAUGCCGUAAACAGCUGUGAUAUAACCGAGUACUGCACUGGAGACUCUGGCCAGUGCCCACCGAACCUCCAUAAACAAGAUGGCUAUAGCUGCAAUCAAAAUCAGGGUCGCUGCUACAAUGGCGAGUGCAAGACAAGGGACAAUCAAUGCCAGUACAUCUGGGGGACAAAGGCUGCGGGGUCAGACAAGUUCUGCUAUGAAAAGCUGAACACGGAAGGCACUGAGAAGGGCAAUUGUGGAAAGGAUGGAGACCGGUGGAUCCCGUGCAGCAAGCAUGAUGUAUUCUGUGGAUUUCUGCUUUGCACCAAUCUUACCCGAGCUCCACGUAUCGGUCAACUUCAAGGAGAGAUCAUCCCGACUUCCUUCUAUCAUCAAGGCCGAGUGAUUGACUGCAGUGGUGCUCACGUAGUUUUAGACGAUGAUACAGACGUGGGUUAUGUUGAAGAUGGGACUCCGUGUGGCCCCUCCAUGAUGUGCUUAGAUCGGAAAUGCCUACAGAUUCAAGCCCUGAAUAUGAGCAGCUGCCCACUUGACUCAAAGGGUAAAGUCUGCUCAGGCCACGGGGUGUGUAGCAACGAAGCCACCUGCAUCUGUGAUUUCACUUGGGCAGGCACAGACUGCAGCAUCCGGGAUCCAGUUCGGAACCCCAACCCCCCAAAGGAUGAAGGACCUAAGGGUCCUAGCGCCACCAAUCUCAUAAUAGGCUCCAUCGCUGGUGCCAUCCUGGUAGCAGCUAUUGUCCUUGGGGGCACAGGCUGGGGAUUUAAAAACGUCAAGAAGAGGAGAUUCGAUCCCACUCAGCAAGGCCCCAUCUGAAUCGGCUGCACUGGAGGAAUGCCACCUUGCACUGUUGGGUUCUGGGAAUGACAUGUUUUCAGCCAUGCUGCCGGAACUCUUAAGUCUGUAAAGAAGACCCUUGGGUGGUAAUGACUACAGAGCCUCAGAUCUGAGAAUGGAGAUGGGGUACAAGACAAAGGUCCCUUUUGGAAAUAACUUCAAGUAACCCCCCCCCCCAUCACCUGUCAAUAAAGGGAAGGGGGUUAAAGACCAUGUCAUUAAAAAAAAAAAACUUCAGAAUCCUUUUUUUUCUUUUUAAAUAAAGGAGAAGGGAGUAACAACAAGUGCAAUAAAAGAACAAAUAGCAAAUGACCCUGCCCCCCAGCCUGCUGGCACUUAAUAUCUUCUAAAUGAUUUGGCAUGAUUUUUUUUCCUUUUACUAUCAAAGACAAACUCCAGUGGCAUGAAGAUCCAAUUUUGGAAAGGGUAAAAACUGCAUGGCAUAUAUAACAACAAGCUAGCAAGCCAACCUUCAGCAAAUCCUACAGUGGAAAUCCCGAGGGGAAGAUGACAGAUGACCACACAAACGCUACCUGGGUCUGGAUUAAUGCCUUUCCAUCCUCCACCACCCCUGUCCACCUCUGCCCUGGCCAACCCUUUCCCUACGUGCCCCUGGCCCACUCUAGACAUGCCCAUGGCAGCACUCAUCUGGACUGUGUUCUUGUUGAUCCGCUGUACCCAUCAUUUCUCUCCUGGACCAAGCAUCCUCUGGCAAUGGGAACUGGAACUUGAGCAAUGCUAUUGUACAGUUCUUUUCUAAGUGUAGAUAUGGAAACAAGAUUUCGAUAUGCCAGUUUGCUUGUCUGUAUGGAAAUGUUUUCCGUGCAAAGAUUCUCUCUAUACUUGAGUUUGUUGCUUGCUCCACAUCUUAUUUUUCUUUCUUUUCUGUCAUUUUCUUUCCUCCUUUGUCUCUGUCCUCUCUUUUAACAUGUCCACCAAUUGUUAAGCUUGCUUAACAAGACGGAAGUAGCCACAGAUGCAGGGAGUUUGGGCACAAAUCUAGUAUGUUUGAAACCAAAUAUUAAAAGAGUGGGGGGGGGCACAGAAAAUAACCCAUAACAAGAACACAAAAGAUUAUGUAAAUGUGAGUGGAUAUGUACUGAUGGAUCUAACACUUUUGAUGUCAUCAUAAGCACAUGUAUAUACUGUAGGAAAACAGACCCUUCUCAAAUUAAUCACAAAAGUGCCAAGCUCAUUGUUUUAGUUUCUGGUUUCGACAGCUCUCUUUCCCUGUCGUAAAUGUGAAAGGAGGAGAAACUUAAAGCCUUAAAUAAAAAAUUAAUAACUUUCAAAUGCUGGAAGCUCGGAAAAAGUUAAGCUUUACAUUCUGUUCAUAUUCAUAUGUAUUUUUUUAUAUAAAUUUCAUUUAUACUUCAUCUAACUGCCUCGGGAAGUAGCCUGUGUGACAGAGCCCCAGUGUGGCGAGGCAGCACAGCUGGUCAUUUCUGCUUAUUUCAGGUUGUCAUUCUGCAUGGUGAUUCCAGGAACUCACCCGGCUCUCAGUGUUUUGCUGAGACUCUGGGUUGCGAUGGGAUUUCACUGUGUAUGAAUCCACACCCUUCUUUCUCCUCCAGGUAGCUGGGGAGAUAGAAUCUGGGCAUUCCCAGGACUGUCUGAGUUUCCCUCAUCUUCCCCCAUUCCUUCUUUAAGUAUUGCCGGAGCUUCCAAUGCAAUCCUAAGGGAACAGGCUACUGAGGAAAUUCUCUCAGGUUUGUUUCGGACAUGCAGGUAUACAGUGAACACCCAUCAAGAAUUCAGACCCGCCAGAGAGCCCCUACUUCUCCACGGGCCCAUUUUUACCAAGAAGACAUCCAGAUAAACUAUGCAUUUCUUCCCGGCACUGAGUUACCUUUUACAUUUAGCUCUAAGGCCCUCUCCAGCAAGACCAGUGACUUGUUUUACAACAUAUUCCUUGACUAGAAGGGAGGAGGAUUUCCUAAAAAUAGACUGCAUGAAACUGGACUUUCCCUCCUCCCCCAAAGAUAUCUUUAAGUGUUGGCUUUUCACCCUCACAGAGUAGAAACCUUGAUUGCUAUAUACUACCCCAAACCAUAACUUAACAUCUUAACCUUCGGAUGGCUUUCUGAGAAACAGGUGCUAUGCAGGUAUGCAGUCUUUCGCUUGAAUUUGCUGUUUGUUUAUAUAGUAACAACAGGGCUAUCUAUAAGGCUUAUUGGUCUUAUUCCUGGUUCCAUAAGACACAGGUUGUACCCCUUUACUUAAUGGCAUUGGCUCAGCUUGGAGGAAGGUCAGAGGAAACUCAGAUGACUUGGUAUCUCUUCCUGUUGUUGCAAUGUUUCGGGGUCCACUUCACUAUGAGAUACCAAGCAGCUGCCAACCUCACCAUACUCAUUUCAUUACUAUUUCUGAGGCACCGUGGUGACUUGAUCCGACAUACAACCACAUCAGUUACAAAACAGAUCUCUAUGGUUAACUUUUGAACAUUUCACAAACAACAUUGUAAAUGUGCGAUGUUAUGUUUUAAAUCAGACCACAGUGGUCCCCAAAUACUAUGUACAUAUGACAAAUGUCAGUGUAACUUUUUGUUACACUGACAGUUUCAUAGGUAAACAAACCUACGCUCCAAUGUUAAAUUAUGCUUGUGUGUGCAAAAUGCACAAGCAUUAGGCUAUGUGUGUACGGACAUGAGGGUAGUGCAGUCGUACUGUAAGAAAUGGGUCAGAAUCAUUUUCAGUGGUGUUAGGUUAUGUAGCUUCAGACUCCAUGCUGCAUUUUCUCUUGCAUAUGCCAUCCAUUUGCUUACGUUGGAGUGUGAGUAUUUCUUCUUAUUAAUUUGAAUUCAAAGCACAAGCCUCCCAUUGUUCAACAUUACCCAACAAGAGUGUUCAGUGAUGACCGAGUUCCCAUCUCACCUGCUAUACUUUUACUGCAAUAAUUAAUGACACCUGGAUGAGGAGGCGUGCGCUGACCUCAUUGUUCACCCGGGAUAGUGCAUGAGCCCACUGAAUUAGAGCUGCUUCUACCAGCAAAGUGAGCAGUACACAUAGGUGCAUGUUUGAAACAUGAAUCACAUAGAGCUAUGGAGUUUUGCCAAAUGAUGUGUUUUCUUUUUCUUUUUUCUUUUUCUUC